GAUGGUCCACAGGAGGGGGGGGGGUCUUUGGUGACAAAAAAAAAGUUGUAUCUAAUCACUGCGUACAAUGUGUAGAAUUAAGAAAAAAACUACUCCAUUUAAUACAAAUAGCACGUAUUCAGACAAAAACACAAUACAUGAGGCUCAGGAGGGUGGGGAAGACGGGAGGUGGGGAGGCCCCCAUGAAUCUGUCCUUCAGGUGCAGUUCCGCGAGCCAGGCACAUCCUCCAGACAGCACACAGAGGAGGGAGGUGGGUAGUAGGGAAGCCGAGGUCAAGCAGGGGGUGAGUUGCAGUUAUCAGCCCUGUGAACAGCUGCUGUAGUCCACUCUGUAGAAGCGGCUUGUUUUGGUAGAGCCAAGGACGGUUGUCCACAGCUCCUUCGGGGAGCAUAGAUGGGUUCCUUUCAAACUAAUUACAAUGAACAAAGAAUUUAGCUUUCAUUUUCUCUAUUUAAUAUUGGCUUUUUACCUUCGCUCUGUGGCAAAUAUUAAAGUGACCAGAAUAGCCAGGAAAAAAAGAAUGAACGCAUAAUCUAGUUGUCUUGGCAACAUAUCAUUAGAGGUAUACCCCUUAAAGUGGACUUCAAAUCAAACUUUAUUUACAGCCGCAGGAGGGAAAAAGGUGAGACGCUUCUUCUAAAUGAAGAACAGAGAAAGAAUAAAGUUUCUAUAGUUCUUUAGCAGAUUCAAUCUGUGGCAAUCAAAAAUAAGUCUUGCAGAUGAGGAAAUAUAACUAACAGAAGAAUUGAAUAGUUUUGUUUUUUUAAAUGAUGCCAUGAGCUCCUUGAUGUCUUUAUACAAUGCAAUUUUCUCACGGUGAUCUGAAGUCUAAACCUUUUAUUUUGAUUGUUGAAACCAGUUUGUUCUAAGCAUCUAAUUAAAAUUAGCAAGGAAAAAACAGCCUUGUUUCUUGCACGACAGGUUACAAGCUCAAAACGAUUUGUGGUCUGUCAAAAUUUACGUUUUUAAAUAUGCAUAAUUUUUUUGAGUUUUUUUUCUCAAUCUGGGUUUUAUUUAUUAUUUUUUCUGCUUUCAUUGUCUCUGCAGAGUAGGAACUUGAUGCACUUGAGUGGGGCUGGGAAACACUGCUUGCCUGUGUAAAAUAAACUUUUUGGUAAUGCUUAACUCAACUAAUUUCCAUGGUUUGAAAUUUAACCCGCCCUGAAAAAUGAUCACCACAAAGAGUGGUCAAUUAUUUUUCUUUUUUUAUUAUUUCAUAAUGCUGGUGUUGUAUGCUCUUCCUGUUUUUUUCUGUGCCAUAAAGACUGGAUUUCAGUUUAUCUUCAUGGAUGUCACCGCCUACUUUCACACAGCGAAUAAGUUGGUGUGUGUUUGUGUAGAAGCAAACAGGAUAACAUGUAAUGUUUCAUUUUUAUUUUUUUAUUUUUUGAUUGGAACUGCAAUUGACACAAAAUUUUUCCAUUCAUUUAGAUGUUUCCUCCAACUUUCACAUUUUGUUUUGCAUUGAAGUUUGCAUUUAUUGCCUUUUAUGUUUGCAGAUUAUUCUAGUGAUGAAUUACAGGAAGUUCAAUGACUUUAGGUCACUGCAGUAAAGAGGGAAGUUUUGUCUUGCUGCAUUUGAAAUUUUAAAGCAGACUAUUUGAAUUCCUGUCUCUUUGAUGGCUGUGUGAAGGUUUCCUUGAGGCUGGUUGGGUAAGACAGACUUCUUGUAAAAUUAUACAAACAUUUUUGUUUGCACAGAAUUGAAUUGGGUUAUUUUAUACUUAAUAUCUACGCUUACUAAAGAAUGAGUCAGAUGAAUACAAUGCAGUAUUUUGGCAACUAAAGCAAUCCGUUUGUUGCAUUUAAGGUUAGUAUCUGUUUAUUCUUUGAUUUAUUUCUUUUGCAGACAGUAAGUUUUGCUGGUUUAAGUAGAACUCUUUCAGUAAAAGUCCAGCUUGCCCUUUUUUAAACUCUUCAGCACCCAUCAACAUUAAGAAUUUUAUUUUAGAGGAUGAAACAAAUUUUUGUUAUAAGGACACAAUUCUGUGCAACUGUCAGUACUAAGGCAUCCCACCAAGUUUGGUUGCAUUUUUCGUGUUUUUUUUAAAUUAGAUUUUAUUUUAAACCCACAAACUAGUUAAUCAUAGUUAAUCAUAAUAGUUUCCUGAUGAAAGCCUUUUUUGUUUGUUUUUAUGUUUUUUUAAUCAUUCCAUGCUUUGAAUAAAAUUUGCAGCUGGUAACUUGGAACAACAUCUUUACAGGGUAUAAUGUUUUACAUCCUAAAACAGUGAAUAUCUGUUUGCAGUUUUUGCCACUCAUUGGUAAACUGAGUAAAAGAAGAACAAAUAUUAAUGGAAUACAAAGCAGUAUUUUUUCAUCAGAAUAUGGACAAAUAUGCAUACAUAAUAACUAAUUUAGAAUGUAAAGAAAUACUGGACUUACCUGUCAUUUCUUUCAAGUACAUAUUUCAAUUGAUUCUCUGUUAUUUUAAUUAACAAUUCCAGUGUUGUAAUAGCAGUAAUGUUAGUACAUAUGAUAGAAAGGAAGCUGCUGCCUAAGUCACUGCAACAUCCUUCCUGUCUUCAUAUUAAAAGAAAAGACAAAAAAGGUAACCUCAGCUUUGCUCAAACUCUCUCUGUAGCGUGACUUCCUCUUUUUUAACUGGAUGCAAAGCCUUUGGGAAACCUUAUAUUAUUAUUAAGCAGCCAGUGACGGAGGAAGCAUCAACAUUCUGAACCAAGUAUAUUUCAGUCCUCAAAGAUGAGGGAUGGGUGCAGGAGUUUGAUGACAGCUGCGUUUGUGAAUGUGGUGAUGGUCAACAUGUUACUGACCACCCUCAUUGAUCCUGAUGUUGUGGCUGGUUGCGAUGUAACAGCACACCUUUUCAUCUCUGCACCAAAGACGAUGGAGGCGCUGAGUGGAUCUUGUUUGCAGAUCCCAUGUAACUAUUCAAUUGUGGAUGGAAGAGGCUUUGAUGCCUCACAACCUAUAGCUGGACUGUGGUUGAAAACCACACCAGAAUUAAAAAACGUGGUUUUUGACAGCAGACAUGAACACCACAUCCACCCAAUCAACAUCACUGGAGCCUUAAAGGAGAAAGACUGCACCACUUUGUUUUUGAAUCUUCUGACGAACUACACGGAUAAAUACUACUUCAGGAUUGAUUCUCCGAAUUACAAGGCGACUGCUGUUUGUGAUCCUCUUGAUAUAAAAGUUAAAGAUUCUGCUUGGAGUCCCACCGUUGAAAUUCCAGCUGAUCUGAAGGAGGAGGAGUCUGUCACUGUCACCUGCUCAGCUCUCACUCCCUGCCCUCAAUAUCCUCCUGAACUCACCUGGAAUCUCCAAACAGACUCUCAAAGACACAUAAAGGAAAAAACAGAUGGAAGCUUUAUAACUAAAAUCCAGAAGAACAUCACUCUGUCAGACUCUGAUGAUGGAUUCACCAUCAACUGCUCCGUCAGAUAUCCUGUGAACAAAGGAGAAAAUGUGAAGACAGCAGAGACACAACAAACUCUGAGUGUUUCAUAUUCUCCUAAGAACACCUCAGUGUCCAUCAGUCCGUCAGGUUUGGUGUCAGUAGGUAGCUGGGUGAACCUGACCUGCUCCAGCAGAGCCAAACCUCCUGUCAGCAGCUUCAGCUGGUUCAGGAUCAGCAAAGAUGGAGACAUCAAAGUAGCUGAUGGAGACUUUUACAGCUUUAAUGUGACAGAAAAUGCAGAGUAUCGCUGCACUGCAACAAAUCGUAUGGGAAAUCAGACAUCAGAAGUUAUAGUUCUUCAUAUAAAAGGUCCGUUUGAUGGGUCUUUACCCUAUUUGGCAAUUCUUGGAGGAGGAUUUGUUCUCAUCUGUCUGAUUAUAUGCUCUUUAGCUCUGUUGUGCUGGAGACGGAAAAAGUCUACAAACUCAACUGCACAACAAAACCAGGCUCGAACAAUUGAAAGUCUCAGCACUGAACCAGAAUCAACAACAGAAGAAAACAUCCAUUACGGAGAAAUAAAAUUCACCAAGAAGGCGUCAACUAGCUCGGCACAGAUCAACGGGGGGGAGGUGGAUACUAUUUAUGCACAGGUUAAGGUGUGAGCCAACACACACUGCCCUGUGGAAGACAGUGGGACAGCACACGACUGGGACUUUUCUGCACAAAAAUACCAAGAUAUAGAGCCUUCUUCACUUUUAAAAGUUUAAAAUGUUAACACUCUAAAAACUGAACUUAUUCAGCUUUAAGGCCUAAAAUAAUUGUAUGUGAGAAUGUAUUUGUUUCUUUUCUUUGUUUUCCAAAUAUAUGGUACCAUCAAAUGCA